CACAUCCACUCUGUGAUCAUCCUGCGCCGCUCGGAUAAGAGAAAAGACCGCGUGGAGAUUUCACCAGAGCAGCUUUCAGCUGCCUCUACUGAGGCAGAGAGGUUGGCUGAAAUGACAGGACGUCCCAUGAGAGUUGUGGGCUGGUAUCACUCUCAUCCUCAUAUUACUGUCUGGCCGUCACAUGUUGAUGUCCGCACACAAGCAAUGUAUCAGAUGAUGGACCAAGGUUUUGUAGGGCUCAUCUUUUCCUGCUUCAUUGAGGACAAAAACACAAAGACAGGCAGGAUUCUCUACACCUGUUUCCAGUCCAUUCAGGCCCAGAAGAGCUCAGAAUAUGAAAGGAUCGAAAUUCCUAUUCAUGUUGUCCCCCAUGAAACCAUUGGGAAAGUGUGUCUGGAAUCAGCUGUAGAGCUGCCCAAGAUCCUUUGCCAAGAAGAGCAAGAUGCCUACAGAAGAAUUCACAGCCUCACCCAUCUAGACUCCGUAACCAAGAUUCAUAAUGGCUCAGUGUUCACAAAGAACCUCUGCAGCCAGAUGUCAGCCAUCAGUGGGCCUCUCCUUCAGUGGCUGGAGGACAGACUAGAGCAGAACAAACAGCGGGUGCAGGAGCUGCAGCAGGAGAAAGAGCAGCUCCUGGAGGAACUCGCUGCUUUAGAAUGAAAGAGGAAAUGCAGACCCUUCAGAAAAGAGACAUGAGAGGAACUCUACAAGACCUGGCUGAAGGGUGGCCCGACAUUGCCUUACAGUGAAGAUGCUACCAAUGCCUCUUGCCCCGGGCAGCAAAGAGCACUUCUGCAGGAUAAGGGCUUAUCUGCCCCACCUUGAUGGAAAGCAGUGGUAUCUCUCCAGGUGAUGUAUGAUGCAGUGCAAUCACAG